CUGGGAGGAGGAGGAAGAGGAGGCGGGAGGGGGGGAGGGUGGGGGGGGAGGAAGGGGCUCGGGCAUCGGGCUGGUAAAUAAACUCCGCGAUGAUUUCCCUCCCUUGCGCCGGCCCAGGUGCCCGCCGCGCUCCUGCCGGCGAGGAUGACCUGACGGGGAUGUGAGCGGGGAUGUGACUGCCUCCCCCAUCCCACCUUUAUUUUUUUACCCCCUUCCCUCCCUAUAUACAUAUAUAUAUAUAUGCAUCCAUGUAUAUAUAUAUACAUCGAUAAAGAAAUCAUUUUUUUGGGGGGAGGGGCGGGGAGCUCGGAUCAUGGCCUUGGGGCUCCCGGGGCUGCCGCCGCCGAUCUGCAGCUCGCCUCCGGGGCCCGGCGGCGACCAUGGGGCUGAAGGCUCGGCGCGGCGCGGCGGGCGGUAGCGCGGCCGGCGGGGCGGCGGCGGCGGCGGCGGCGGCGGGGCGGCGAGCGGCGGCGGGCGGCGUUGGCGACCCCGAGCAGGGCUCGCUAGCCCUGGGCACCGGCGCCGACCGCGACGGGACGCUGCUGCUGGAGGGCGGCGGGAAGGAGGAGGGCGGCAAGCGGAGCCCGCCGGGGCUGGGGCUGCUGGCGAAGACCCCCCUGAGCCGCCCGGUGAAGCGGAACCACGCCAAGUACCGCCGCAUCCAAACUUUGAUCUACGACGCCCUGGAGCGACCCCGCGGCUGGGCGCUGCUCUAUCACGCCUUCGUAUUUUUGAUUGUCUUGGGGUGUUUGAUCUUAGCUGUGCUGACAACUUUCAAGGAGUAUGAAACUGUUUCGGGAGACUGGCUCCUCUUGCUGGAAACUUUUGCCAUUUUCAUCUUUGGAGCAGAGUUUGCCUUAAGAAUCUGGGCUGCUGGGUGUUGCUGUCGCUACAAAGGAUGGCGGGGGAGACUCAAAUUUGCCAGGAAGCCUUUGUGCAUGCUGGAUAUCUUUGUGCUGAUUGCUUCAGUGCCAGUGGUUGCUGUUGGGAACCAGGGCAAUGUUCUGGCCACAUCCCUCAGAAGCCUCCGCUUCCUUCAGAUCCUACGGAUGCUCCGAAUGGACAGGCGGGGCGGUACAUGGAAACUCUUGGGAUCAGCCAUUUGUGCACAUAGCAAAGAACUCAUCACUGCUUGGUACAUCGGGUUCCUGACACUCAUCCUCUCCUCAUUUCUUGUUUAUCUGGUUGAAAAAGAUGUUCCUGAAAAGGAUGCUAAUGGGGUGGAGAUGAAGGAAGAGUUUGAAACCUAUGCAGACGCACUGUGGUGGGGGCUGAUCACCCUCGCUACGAUUGGGUAUGGCGACAAGACCCCCAAAACAUGGGAGGGACGGCUGAUUGCAGCUACAUUCUCUCUCAUUGGAGUGUCUUUCUUUGCUCUUCCUGCAGGUAUUUUGGGCUCAGGGCUGGCACUGAAGGUCCAGGAGCAACAUCGUCAAAAACAUUUUGAGAAAAGAAGAAAGCCAGCAGCUGAACUCAUUCAGGCUGCCUGGAGAUACUAUGCUACUAACCCCAACAGGAUUGAUCUAGUUGCUACCUGGAGAUUUUAUGAAUCAAUUGUAUCAUUUCCAUUUUUCAGGAAAGAGCAAUUGGAUGGUACUGCCAGUAAUGUCAUGUUUAGUAGGGAGUCAUUCUUUGGAUCAAGCCUCACAAGAAAACUUAGCCAAAAGCUGGGUCUCUUGGAUCGGGUUCGUGGUACCAAUACUAAAGGAAAGCUAUUUACCCCUCUGAAUGUAGAUGCCAUUGAAGAAAGUCCUUCAAAAGAGCCUAAGAAUGUUGUCUUGAAUAAUAAGGAGCGUUUUCGCACUGCAUUCCGAAUGAAAGCGUACGCUUUUUGGCAAAGCUCAGAAGAUGCAGGAACUGGGGAACCCAUGGCAGAAGAGAGAGGCGACAGCAGCGACUUCCUUAUGGAAGAUAUGAUCCCCACGUUCAAGACAGCCAUCCGAGCUGUCAGAAUCCUACAGUUUCGUCUCUAUAAAAAAAAAUUCAAGGAGACUUUGAGGCCUUAUGAUGUAAAGGAUGUGAUAGAGCAAUACUCAGCAGGGCAUCUUGAUAUGCUUUCCAGAAUAAAAUAUCUUCAGGCAAGAGUAGAUAUGAUUUUUACACCUGGACCUCCAUCUACUCCCAAACAUAAGAAAUCCCAAAAGGGAGGAGCUUUUUCUUACCCUUCGCAACAGUCUCCCAGAAACGAUCCAUAUGUAGCCAAAGCAUCUACAGCAGAUACUGAAGACCAAAGUAUGAUGGGCAAAUUUGUUAAAGUUGAACGACAGGUUAAUGACAUGGGGAAGAAACUGGAUUUUCUUGUUGAUAUGCAUAUGCAUCAUAUGGAACAGCUGCAAAUACAAGUCGCUGAGAUAAGUCCAUUGAAAGAAACUGCUUCUCCUGCAAAGGAGAAGAGAGAAGAAAACAAAUAUUCUGAAUUAAAAACAAUAAUAUAUAAAUACACUGAGCAGUGUGCUCAUGAAACUCCUUACAAUUUCCAGCAGGUUCCAGUCAACAAAGUCAGUCCUUAUGGUUUCUCAGCACAUGGUCAUAUGACUCAUUCACAACCUUUAUCAAUAGGUGGGCAAAACUCUGGCAAACUGCAAGCCACACCUUCCUCAACUUCAUAUGCAGAAAGGCCAACAGUUUUGCCUAUAUUUACGUUAAUGGACUCCCAGAUUAGCUACCACUCUCAAGGAGACCUACAAAGCCCUUACUCAGAUAAGGUGUCACCAAGGCAGAGAAGGAGCUUAACAAGAGACAGUGAUACUCCAUUAUCCCUUCUCUCCGUCAACCACGAGGAACUUGAACGCUCCCCAAGUGGCUUCAGUAUCUCCCAAGACAGAGAUGACUUCCCAUUUGGCCCCAAUGGGGGAUCGGCAUGGAUGAGAGAGAAACGCUACCUAGCAGAGGGGGAAACGGACACAGACACCGACCCUUUUACACCAAGUGGCUCCAUGCCUUUGUCUUCUACGGGAGAUGGGAUUUCAGAUUCAAUAUGGACCCCUUCAAAUAAGCCAGUUUAAAAGUGCGUGUGGGGGCAGUCACUGGUUGACUUCUCCAUGUAAUGUAAGCAUACUUUGUAUAUCUCACUUACUCUACACCCAAAGCUUACUAGUUCAAAACACCAAUGGCUGCAUAAGAUGCAUGUGAUAUUAGUGGUAGUCAUUCUGCACCAUUUCAUACAAUUUACUAAUGCAGUUUUUUUCAUGCUACCAAAACUAAGAAGCUUAGUUUUGAGCAUGGUUUGCAUGACUUUACCCUAUAUAAAUGGUGAAGCUGAUUUCUUCUAUGAUACAUAUCUAUCUGAUACUCUUCAAUACAACAAUGGCAAAUCGAUGACAUGCGAGAUAUGGUGGUCCUUGCUACAUUUUGUAAACAGAGCAGCAAAGUAAAAAUAUUUUCAGGAGCAGUAUCCCUUUGUGGAAACGUAACAUCUGAAUCCAUUUUCUAAUGUAAGUAAAUCAAUCUGUAACCAACCUAGCCAAGACCACAUAAUACUCAAAGCAGGGAAAAAGCUGAGUCAAAGUAAAUGACCUUACUGAAAUGGUUUUGUGCACUAAAUGUUUCUCAUGUGACCUAUUAUGCAACUACCCAUGAAAUAAAAUGUCAAAAAGAAAUUAGGGGUAGAAUUUAAAAUUAUCAGAUCCACCUCCUGGGAUCGGUCAUGGGUAUUUAUUUAUUAUAAAAUGUAAAUAUAAAUCCCUCAAACUGCUUUGAAAAUCCCCACUUGUGUUUAUAAAAUUGCUCAAAGCGUGAUUACAAUGCUAUUUUGUAGAAAAUAUUUUGCUAAGUCCAUUUGCUACUUCUGGAGCCAAAUUUUCUUUCUGUUCCAAAAAAUUCAGUGUACGGAACUCCAGGUUUAUACACUCCACUCUUAUUGACUUAUGUGCUGCUAAGUAAGCUGCAUAAUGUAACCCUGCCUCAGUUUCCCAAUGUGUUAAUUGGGAGUUAUACGUCUGUAUAUAUGCACAGGUCGUAAGGCUCAGUUCACUAAUAUUUGCCAAGCACGUUGAGCUCCUCAGAUGUGCAGGGUGUCGCUGGUCUCUUCCCUGGGAGUUCCACAAUGUGGGAUGCUGCCAGCACAGUCUCUCUCUGUUCACUCUUUCUCUUGGAAAUGGACUGCUCCAAAUCCAUGAAUGUGUGCCAUAUCAAUGUACAAAUAAAUAGACACCAUUUUUGUCACCUGUCCCUGAGCAACAGAGAGAUAAGUAUGCUCCUUAGGCCUUAGCCAAAUAUUUUUUUAUGGGAAUUGGAAAUAAGUUGAGGGAGAGCAGGAAAACAAUCCAACCCACUGGGAACAGGGCAGAAAUGAAUCAGCUCUCACCACGACAGUGGGAAUGUAAUAUCUCUACCACUAGUGAAACCAGCCUGUCCAAAUAUCCUAUGCGGGAUUCAUCUGAUGUCAAUCCAAGUGUCCGUGAAACAGCAUGCAUUUGAUGUCAAGUUCAAUGGCUAUGCACUUUUUACAGCUGGUGGAAAACUAAUCAGUACAGUCAGUGAGCACAGGGUACAAGAACCGAAGCACACGUCAGCUUUAGGGUGAGACUAAUCCCAUCUUUAACUCGAUUAUCUACCAUGGCCAAAUUUCUACUGACUUCAAAGGGAGCAGGAGGUGACUUGCGGAGACGUCAGGUACGCCCACAGUCAGUGGGAAGGCUCUCAGCCCUACCCCACUGAUCCAAGGUGCGGCCUCUACCAUGGCUCAUGCCCACCUGCUGUUGAGAAUGACCCCGUCACAAUGACCUCACCACCGCGGCUAGAGCACGGACCAGCACAGACACAAGGAUUUGGCCUACGUAAGGUGUUAGAAAGUGGACUUUCUGCAGUGACUGCUUGUAUUACACUGCAGCUGCACAACUGAGCAUCACUGGCACAUCCAAUCAGAGCACAAGAAAGAGAUGCACUUCACUGGGCUUCCCAUGUGUAACCGGGUACUGCACAGGCCCAAAUAGAAUGCUCCUCAAUGGAAGACAACCUGCUGGGUUUUGCCCACUGUAGUAAACUUCAUGUUCAAUUCCUCAGUGUCUUUGACGUCUCUUAACAGUCAUUCCAUCCAGGGAGCUUCUAUUCUCUUCCAGAUGUAGGCAUUGCCUUCAUCUUUGUUGUUUAUUCUUUAUUUAAGCAGACAUCUAAAGGAUUAGGAUCUUCUUACUUCGUCUGCUUCUUCAGCUAAAUCAUGAGACAUCCUUCUGGGACAGAUCUCCAGAGAGAACAAAUUGCUGUAGUUACUCGAGUAAAUAAUGCAGACCAGUUACAGCCUUUGCAGGCUGGGCUGAGUCCAUGGAGCUGUUCUGAGGCCAGUGACUAUGAUGAUAUGAGGCACAAUUUUGGUAAUUACUUAAUUGACAAAAUAGCUAUUGACCUGAAAGAUAAUCUGUAUUUGGUGCAGUUUCAUGGCUAAACUUGAAGAAAAUAAAACGCGCUGACAAAAGUGUAAUUCAUUGUAAUUUGGCAUAUUGAGAAGAAUUCUUUGGCCAUCAGUAAUUCUAGGAAGUACCUGUGUUGCACCUGCUGCAGGCUUUCUGGUAUGGUAAUACAUGUCUGUGGCGACUCGUAAGGUUUAACCCUCACAUGACAAAGGAAAAAGAAUGAAAACUGAUUUUAACAUUCCUUGACUACUGAAAUUAGUGUAAGUAUACGCUAGCCAAAUAUGCCUCACUUCCCUUAUAUGUCAAGUGCCUGGCAUUCCUACUGAUUUAGUUUGAGUUUGGCCCUUCUUAAAAUGCUUUCUAGAUCUGAGCAAUCAAAAAUUGAGGCAGCCAAAACCCAAGUGCAAUCUGAGAAGUUCGUUUGUGAAUGUCUUUUGACAGUGGCUAUGCCAGGCAGUUCCCUGCCCGAUUCCCCCUCAAAUUCUUCAGUUCACUUUUCCCAUGCCAGGUUAUAUAAAGGGAAUAUUUUCUCAGUAUUAAACCUGGCUGAAAAUCCAUAAAUCACCUCAUUAAAAAGGUGUGUUCAUUCCAAGAGAAAAUCCAAGCAAGGGCAGAGAUGGAAGAGUCUUCACCUGCACACAGAGUGCAGCCCCAGAGAAAGUGGGACUUGGGCUGCCCUGCGCUGUGUGCACUCAGCAGCUGAACUGCCUUCAAGUCAGCAUUUUCUGUGGGCUGUAAGCACCGAUUGAUUAUGUGCAGCUUGAAAAAAAGAGGUCGGGUAUUUGUGGCCACAUCACAAAGUAUUUAAUGAUGCGCGAACUGGCCAGAUGAGGUCUGCCUCUUAUUAAAAGGCAUUGGUGGUAAGCUCAGCAAGACCCUCUGCGAUGGACAUCUUGAUCCUCUGGAGGAGAUCAAAGAAGAGGGCCAAGGAAGGUCUCAUUAGCUUAUUUUAAUAUUUAUUUUUUCUAACACUCUUCACUGAAACCAGUCGCCGCUCUGUUCAGAAGGGUGAUGUGCUUAGCAGCUCUCUGCCUCCUCCGUCAUCCGUAUUUAAAAUAGGGCGUGCAUCAGUUCUGCUGUCUAUGGUGACAACAGAGGCGUGUCGAGAUGUCACCAGCAAGGCGAGAUCUGGAGACCAUCCCUGACCUGGGAUGUGCACACAAACUUCAUCAGACUCCAGUUCAGGUUGAGUCCAGGAGGUGAAUCAACCUUAGAACUGCAGUUUAUGUCUCUACCGUAGAUACUGGACAAAACCAAUUAAAACAACUGUGAUUAUUUGCCCUGGCAACAUUUAAAAGGUCAGGACCUGUUUUGCGGAGUGGGUUCACCACAUACGCGGAAUCAGUUAUUCACAAUUUCAUUUGAGAGGCACUAUUUCUGUGUCAACAGUACUCUGCAUACUAGGAGCAGAUUAGAUUUAUCCCUUCUUCCCUUUGUGUGCGGCAUUUCAGUUUAACGGCUAUCAGCUUUGAGUCAGGCCUUCCCAGCAGAUAGACUGACACUGACACGUUGUUUACAUAUAAUUAACAUUAAAGAGAAUUAACCGUUGGAAUCCACUCUUCGCUGACCCUUAACUCAUACAAGUGAGCAAGGAUUUAUUUCAGGCCUUGAGAUGUUUUUCAUAAUCAGAAAGUGUGGGCCUUCCCUCUGCUCUCCUUGAAGCCAGUAAGAAACCUCAAACUGAUGCACCCGGAAUGGGAUUGUGUCCUAAUCUGCCUUUAUUUAUGCAUUUCCUUGUGCAAGACAGCACUGAUCUGGAGACGUUUUUCUCAGUUACAUUUUUAUGCUGAUUUUCCGUCACUAACAAAUGACACGCAUCUGGAAGUUUUUGGAAAGGUGAGUCUGUGUUUACAUUGCGUACCUCCCUUUGCAGCGUUAUUACCGGUCAAGCUUCCUCACUUUAGGUUCAAACUGAGACUAUUUCAUGAAGGCUGAAGUGAAUGUUUAGCUAAAGCGUGCAAGUAUAGAAAUUUAUGCUCCAUUUCAGGAGUCGAUCCUUUAAAAAAAAAUCUAGUCAGGAACAUAGCUGCUGUCCUUGCCUUGGCUUUUCCCUGCACUGAAUUCAUCAGUCUGGCUCCCUUCGAAAUAAAAGGGAAUUCAGCACGUGGCGAGAUUGAUUGAAAAGUCCCCAAAACUGACAUCGGCUAUAUUUGCUCUGUUCUUAUCUGUAACUUUGCUGCAUUGUUACGGUUCAGAGUGGAAAUAGUUUUUAAAUUUUUCUGCUUCAAAUUGUGGCCCAGCAGCGCCGUCAACUAAAGCCCACCCGAAACCCGCGCGUAGUGGGGCUGCUGGCUCGUGGCCUUCAGGCGAGCAGCGUGGUCCGACCGGUCUGCGAGAUCACAGCCUAAAGCAAUCAGAAAACGCAGAUUAAGGAGCAAAUUCAGCCCUGCUGGGAGCCUGGCAGUUGCAGCGGUGUCAGGUCUGAACUGAAUUUGUCCCCCUUAGUGCAGAGCACGUGAGAAAGAGCUGGAUCUUGGCUCCUUGCACCCCACAGCCCCUCCACUACACUUGAGGCCACCAAGAGCUGCAAACCUAAAUUCUCUACAGCACCUCACGAAUUUGGUGUGAUACCGCUUUUUCAGGAGUCCAGGUGAAUGCGAGUGUUCACUUUUGAAGUGAACUUUUGUGAACUCCUGUUUUGCAGAGGUGCAGAGGAAAAAGGGGCCGUUUUCAAGUGGUUUUAGCUGGGCACUGUGGGAACGAAGAUCCUGGGUAUCGCUGUUGCUUCUGGUCGUUCAGGCUGUAAGAUCCGAUCCUUCCCAACUUGGCUUUUGGUAGCUUCCCUCUGAAGUUAAGUGAAGCAAAAUACUGGAAGUGGGAUCCUAUUUCCAUCCUCUGAGACUGAAGGUUACAUGGCCAACUGCAUUUUGUUUUCUAGUUAUGGCAUCUUAUUAUUACUAGUAUUUGUGCCUUGCUCACUGAAAUUUUCUCCAUGCUACAAAGAUGCUUUUCAGAUUCUGGCUGACAAGGGAACACAACUUUUAUACAAGUGGCCUUUAGUGCUCUUUAUAAUAUUAUUUAUUGUAAUUUUUAAACUGUAUGUGUAAUUUAUAUUCUGGCACUGUCCAAUAUUUGAACAACUUUAAUAUGUUUAUUUCAAUAUAUUAUGCAAACAAUACUUCUUAACUGAUUUUUUAUGUU